GCGUACGCAGGGGCCGGAAGCAGAGCUGGGUGGCCGGAAGCGAGGCGGGCAGCCCGGCAGUAGCGGGUCAUGGAGGGUCGUCCCCCGGGUCGUGGGCCGCCGCCCGAGGGGUUGGCGGAGGAGGAGGCCGAGCUCCAGGGAGCUGCCUGGAGUGGGGACAGCGGCAACGUGUCCCAGAGCCACAGCAGCGCCUCGGGGCCGUGGGAGGACGAGGGCUCAGAGCUGGGCGCGCCGGGCCGCGAUCUGCCGCUGCUGCGCCGCGCCGCCGCCGGCUACGCCGCCUGCCUGCUGCCGGGAGCCGGGGCGCGGCCUGAGGUCGAGGCCCUGGACACCAGCCUGGAGGACCUGCUCACCAGAGUGGACGAGUUCGUGGGCAUGCUGGACAUGCUGCGCGGGGACUCCUCCCACGUCGUCAGCGAGGGCGUGCCUCGCAUUUACGCGAAGGCCACCGAGAUGCGGCAGGUCUACAGCAAGAUCGACCGGCUGGAGGCCUUCGUGGGCAUGAUCGGCGCCAGCGUGGCCAGGAUGGAGGAGCAGGUGGCCAGGGCGGAGGCCGAGCUGGGCGCGUUCCCCAGCGCCUUCAGGAAACUGCUGCACACAAUCACCGUGCCCUCCUUCUUCAACAAGGCGCCCUCCAGCAGGCCCCAGCAGAGCGGCUACGAACCGCCCGUCCUGUUUCGGACCGAAGACCACUUUCCCUGUUGCAGCGAGAGACCUCAGAGCUGAGUCGGCCGGCCGGCACUGCAAGGGGACGCUGUCUGAGAUGACCUCGGGGGCUGAGCCAACUGGAAAGUCCACGAUGUUGGAGUAUGGCAUGUUUAUUUUUUGCACACUCUUGUUUCUCACUGUUUGCAUGACUUCACGUUAGGAUGUUUGGUUUUCUGUGUCUUCCAAUGCUGAACUGAGGGCUGCUUGGUCUUGGCGUCGGGGAAGCUGAAUGAAUGAGUUUAUCUGUGCCUGUGGCUGAACUGUUAUUCUUACGGGUUUUACAGCUCAACCAUCAGUAUUACCUUUCAAAGUUUCUAUAUUUUAUACUCUUAAGAACUUCUGAGCUGUUCAAGUCUGGUUGUUAUUCGAUCCUAAUAGCGAUUCCAUGUUCUGUAGCUUCCUUUUAGGGUAGAUGGUAAGUUAUUUCAUAUUAUAUUAAACUUCGCACAUCAUGGGUUGUAAACCGAAGGAAAUCAUACAAUUUCUGAGAAGCUGUAUUGAUUUAUUGCAGCUAAUUCUGAAGUGGUAUUUGAACGUAUGCCCUCAGAAUCUUGAUUUGUCCACAGCAAACAUGUCUGUGUGUGGUUGCUAACAUUUGGUUUAUAAUUUAAAUAUUAAUAAAAAUUUUAAAAUGUAUUGGAAAA